ACACAACAGUACACAUGUAGUUGCGUGUCGCACUGGGAAUAAUUGCAAGUAUCAAUGAAACCAACGUGUCUCAACGGUCACGAAUUUAGCAAACACUGAAGCAGACUGUCCGAAUUUCCCAAUGCUCUGCGAUUCAGUAACUUACAUAGUACAAUUAUCUGAAUGAGUUGAAAAAAUACAGAUGGAGUUUAUUUUGUACAAACCCUACUGGUGAUGGACAUUGUGUCCAUAGAAAAUUGGCUCCUCGAUGAUGAUCAUGUCCAUAGACGAACUACAGUGAUAUUGAUGACAGAGAUAUUUUAAUUGUGUUAAUUUAUCGUGCGAAUCAUUCCUGCAGAGGAUGAUCGGAGCUUGUAGGUGAAUACAUUCCAUAUAUAUUAUACAAUAGAUUGGAUUGUAAGUGUUCCCAGAGAAAAAUAAAAGCUUGUUACUACCGAAUUGGUGAUUAAAAGAAAAUAUUCUGAAAGUUCUCUACUGUAGUUGGAGUUCUGUAGAUAUUUACUCACAUCUGGAGAACUAACGUAGUUUGAGAAGGUGAUGUCAGAGAAGAAAGCCAUGGAGACUGACAGAACAGAAAAUGGUAGUGAUGGCAGCGACAGUACAAGUGGCGAUGAAAACCCAGAGCGGGGCAACUGGUCACGCAAACUGGACUUCAUGUUGUCCUGUCUUAGUUAUGCUGUUGGUCUGGGCAAUGUCUGGAGAUUCCCUUACGUGUGCUACAGAAAUGGAGCUGGGGCGUUUUUAAUCCCCUUCAUCAUCAUGCUGUUUGUGACUGGAAUUCCACUGGUGUUUAUGGAGUUGUCCUUUGGCCAGUAUGCCAGCUCAGGGGUUGUCUCUAUCUGGAAGGCAUCGCCCAUAUUUCAGGGCGUGGGCUGGGCUAUGUUCAUCGUCUCAGUAUAUAUCUGUAUAUACUACAACAUGAUCAUCGCCUAUACUCUGUAUUACCUAUUUGCUUCAUUUGCUGCUGUCUUGCCCUGGAGUCUGUGUGGCGAGUGGAGUACUUCAGCCUGCAGUGAGGGCUCCCGCUUUGAGAUGAAGAAUUGUGCUGAGAGCAGUGGGGCCUGGUGUGAUGGAGCGUGCUAUAACUUAUCACUUCUUAAUGACACCUUCAGGGACGGACUAGACUGUACCAACCUCACAAAGGGCGUCAACCUCCGCUCCCCCAGUGAUGAAUACUUCCAUGUGAGCGUCCUGGGUAUAACGCCAGGCGUACAUGCUAUGGGCACCAUCAAGUGGGAGCUGGUUGGAUGUUUAGCAGUUGCCUGGGUCUUAGUUGCCAUCUGUCUAGCCAAAGGAAUCAAAACAUCCGGCAAGGCAGUAUACUUCACGGCCUUUUUCCCCUACAUCGUACUCCUGAUUUUACUCGUAAGGAGCCUCACUCUGGACGGAUCUAUCGAUGGUAUCAUCUACUACCUCACUCCGCAGUGGGACAAACUACUGAGUGCGAGGGUAUGGGGUGAUGCUGCAGUACAGAUAUUUUUCUCGCUGUCUCCUUGUUGGGGUGGCCUCAUCACACUAGCCAGCUAUAACAAGUUUCACAACAACACUCUGUAUGAUGCUGUGAUUGUGUCUGUCCUUGAUUCCGUAACCAGUGUGUUUGCUGGACUGGUCAUCUUUUCCAUUAUUGGGUACAUGGCCAAGGAACUAGACCAGCCCAUCGACCAGGUGGCAAGUGAAGGAGCGGGUCUGGCGUUCGUUGUGUAUCCGGAGGUGGUCACUAAGUUACCGAUAUCCCAGCUCUGGUCCAUCCUAUUCUUCGCCAUGUUGAUAACACUAGGACUUGGCACACAGAUUGCUACGGUAACAACAGUACACACCACACUGCUGGACCAGUUUCCAGAGUUGUUCCGACGCGGAAAAAGGAGGCUGCUGCUUCUCCUUGGAAUAUCAGUUGGCUGUUUCAUAGUUGGGCUUCCAUUCUGUACACAGGGCGGGAUGUACGUGCUACAACUCUUUGACAACUAUGCUGCCACCUACUCACUGCUCAUCGUAGGCCUUACAGAGUGUUUUGCCAUUUCCUGGGUAUAUGGGGCAGACAGAUUCCUCUCUGACAUAGAGUGGAUGAUCGGGAAGAGACCUCACAACAUGUGGAAGUACAGCUGGAAAUACAUUGCUCCAGUGGCUUUACUGUUUAUCCUGAUUUUUACCUGGGCUGACUUCAAACCAACAAAAUAUGAUGCCUAUAUUUUCCCACCCUGGGCUGAAGCUUGUGGCUUCCUUAUAGGAUUCUCUUCAGUUAUCUUCAUCCCUAUAGUGGCUCUUAUCAAGGUCAUGAGGGCAAGGUCACGCCUGCCAAGCAUGUCGAUAAAAGAGAUUGUCAAAAGUAUUUCCUGUCCAACAGAUGAAUGGGGUCCAGCCCUGAAGGAGAACAGGAGACCGGACACCAACCCAGAGACUUUUGAGUCCCAAAUACCGCUUACUCAACAAGCCCAGGAAGACACUAGGUGCUAACACCUACAAUUCACUUUGUGCCAGAUGUAUUCUUUACCACUAAUCUGUUGACCGGCCUAUGUUUUUGGAAGUCCCCAGUUUGAACUUUCGUAGCAGUUUCAUCCGUCCGUCAACCUUCAGUGCUGUCCAUCCAUUUCACACAUUCCACAGACAAUGUAUUGUCUGUUUCAUUUUUGUCACGUGGCUGUUUUGGCAUCAUCCAACCAUUCCACAUUUCUGGACAACUAGUCCUACAUCAGGGAGGCAACUACAUCCACACCGCCUAUUAUACAUCACACAAGUCGCCUUUCCUGUCCUCCUCAAAUUACCUAGUGUGAUCACAAGAUCCUGGUGAUGAUAAAAAACUUUUCUCCAUUUACUUAUCUGAGGCUGAAAUUUAUGACACAGGUUUGAUCACCUGGCGCCACCUGGAAUAUGCCAGCAGCCAGGGCCAGUUAGGUGAUGGUAGUCAGACAAGGUAUAGCUUUGAUCCACUAUGGCCGAUACUGCUUGUAGCUGCCUCAAAUGGUGUUUACUGCUGCUCACAAUGGUCAGUGUUACAUGAAACUUGUAGUCUGUGGCUGGUGCUGGUUGGACCUUAUAUGGCUGGUGCUAGUUGGACCUUAUAUGGUUGGUGCUAGUUGGACCUUCUAUGGUUGAUGCUGGUUGGACCUUCUAUGGUUGGUGCUAGUUGGACCUUCUAUGGUUGGUGCUAGUUGGACCUUCUAUGGUUGAUGCUGGUUGGACCUUCUAUGGUUGGUGCUAGUUGGACCUUCUAUGGUUGGUGCUAGUUGGACCUUCUAUGGUUGGUGCUAGUUGGACCUUCUAUGGUUGAUGCUGGUUGGACCUUCUAUGCUUGGUGCUAGUUGGACCUUCUAUGGUUGGUGCUAGUUGGACCUUCUAUGGUUGGUGCUGGUUGGACCUUCUAUGGUUGGUGCUAGUUGGACCUUCUAUGGUUGGUGCUAGUUGGACCUUCUAUGGUUGGUGCUGGUUGGACCUUCUAUGGUUGGUGCUAGUUGGACCUUCUAUGGUUGGUGCUGGUUGGACCUUCUAUGGUUGGUGCUAGUUGGACCUUCUAUGGUUGGUGCUGGUUGGACCUUCUAUGGUUGGUGCUAGUUGGACCUUCUAUGGUUGGUGCUAGUUGGACCUUCUAUGGUUGGUGCUAGUUGGACCUUCUAUGGUUGGUGUUGGUUGGACCUUCUAUGGUUGGUGCUAGUUGGACCUUAUAUGGUUGGUGCUAGUUGGACCUUCUAUGGUUGGUGCUGGUUGGACCUUCUAUGGUUGGUGCUGGUUGGACCUUCUAUGGUUGGUGCUGGUUGGACCUUCUAUGGUUGGUGCUAGUUGGACCUGCAGAGGUCUGUGCUGGUACGACCUAUGGUUGAUACUGGUUGAUCUUGCUAUGGUCAAUACUUGUUGGACCAUCUAUGGUCUAUACUGGUUUGACCCCUUAUGGUCAAUACUGGUUUGACCUCUUGUGGUCCGUGCUGGUUUGACCUCUUGUGGUCUAUACUGGUUUGACCUCUUGUGAUCGGUGCUGGUUUGACCUCUUGUGGUCUAUACUGGUUUGACCUCUUGUGGUCUAUACUGGUUUGACCUCUUGUGAUCGGUGCUGGUUUGACCUCUUGUGGUCUAUACUGGUUUGACCUCUUGUGGUCUAUACUGGUUUGACCUCUUGUGGUCCGUGCUGGUUUGACCUCUUGUGGUCUAUACUGGUUUGACCUCUUGUGGUCUAUACUGGUUUGACCUCUUGUGAUCGGUGCUGGUUUGACCUCUUGUGGUCUAUACUGGUUUGACCUCUUGUGGUCUAUACUGGUUUGACCUCUUGUGGUCUAUACUGGUUUGACCUCUUGUGGUCUGUACUGGUUUGACCUCUUGUGGUCGGUGCUGGUUUGACCUCUUGUGGUCGGUGCUGGUUCAACUUCCUGUGGUCGGUGCUGGUUCGACUGCCUGUGGUCGGUGCUAGUUCAACUUCCUGUGUUCGGUGCUGCUUCGACUUCCUGUGGUUGGUGCAGGUUUGACUUCCUGAGGUUGGUGCAGAUUUUACUUCUUGAGGUCGGUGCUGGUUUUACUUCCUGCGGUUGGUGCAGGUUUGACUUUCUGAGAUUGGUGCAGGUUUGACUUUCUGAGAUUGGUGCAGGCUGACUUCCUGUGGUUGGUGCAGGUUUGACUUCCUGAGAUUGGUGCAGGUAGCCAUACUAAACAUACCUACUACUGAAUGUAAAAUUGUGUUUUAUGUUUGAUGAUAUCAGGGUGAUACUCUCCUUGUCACUCUGAUGAGAUUCUAUACUGCAGGUACAAUGAGUGUCUACCCAGUGUUACAAGUGCUCUUUUGUGUGGUUUCUCUUAUAUUAUGUGUUAUAUCUAUAUUUUUAUGCUCAAAUCAUGAUAAUAUUAACUCUGACUUUAUAUUCACUAAUCCCACCAAUGUUUUCACUAGAGUUUUAUCAGGGAGGUUUUAAGUUCAUGCUGGGAUGUUUGAUUUUGGGUUUUCCUUACAAUGACUAAUCAUGAGAAAGGUUCAUACAUAUGUAUAUAUCCAGUGAUAUCCAGAUUAUUACGGUUAAUAUUACCUCUUUGACCCAUAUGUAUUUAUACUGAUAUACUGGUUUAUCUGUUUGAGGUCAGGGGAAUAUCAUCUCAUCCAGGUCUCCAGUUUUUGCUAUUUCACUCCCCGAUGGAUUUCCACAUGUAUUAAUAAUAUAAAAUACAGUAGUAGAUAUCUAAUAUAUAUGGAUACAAUAAUUUAUAUUGAGAGUCCUAGGGUCAGGUCAAGGCUAUUUUAUUGGGGGUCCUAGGGUCAAGGCCAUUUUAUUGAGGGGCCUAGAGUUAGGUCAAGGCCAUUUUAUUGAGGGGCCUAGAGUUAGGUAAAGGCCAUUUUAUUGAGGGUCCUAGAGUCAGGUCAAGGCCAUUUUAUUGAGAGUCUAAGGGUCGGGUCAAAGCUCUUUUUUUAGGGUUCUAGGGUCAGGUCAAGGUCAUUUUUUGGUAGUCCUAGAAUCAGGUCAAGGUCAAUUUAUUGAGAGGCCUAGGGUCAGGUCAAAGUCAUUUUAUUGUGUCCUAUGGUCAGGUCAAGGUCAAUUUAUUGAGAGGCCUAGGGUAAGGUCAAGGCCAUUUUGUGUCUGUCAUAUAACUCCAGUAAUUGUAUUGUUCAUUAAAAUAAGGGACAUAUGGAUUCAUUUGAUUCCAUAAAAAAAAGCUUUAGUCAACUGAUAGGAUUGUUUAUUUUAACAUCAGCACCAUUUAGUCGAUAUCACAGAACAGUUGAGUAACAACUUUUCAAACACCAUGACCUCUAACAUAUAAUCGCACAUUUUUUACUAAGAAUCAAGAGGAGCUAACUCAUGCUCUGCACUUUAAUGAAGGGAGUUAACUUGGGCUCAAUACUAAAAAAGGAGCUGUUAAAAUUAAGCUUGCAACGAAAUUGAAGUGAGCUAACUCAUAACUUCUAUUAAAGCAGAGAGUUAACUCUUGAAGACUAGCACUAUUGUAAAGCAAUGUUUUCCUGUAUAAGAUAUAUUUAUCAGGUGGAAUAAACCUGUUGUGAGAUUACUGUAUAUGUGUGCCUGUUUGUGAAACAUCCUGUCUUGAUUGCGGACAACCCAGUCUGGUGACUCGUUAGUAUUUAAUUACUAAAAAUGUCACAUUUUCCAAGGGUUCCACCUUUUUGAUGAUACAAAUUAAAAAAAAAAAAUGUAUAACCAGAUACAUUACAGAUAACCUGAAGAGAAAAUCUUGAAAUUUGAAAUGCCUUAAGCUCCACAUUUAGUAAGAUUACAAAAAAUGUCAUAUUUUCCAGGGUUUCAAUUUUUUGGUGAUCUGUGAAUUAAAAAAAACCUUUACAUUGAAGAUAAACUUAAGAGAAAAUCUUGAAAUAUGCAUUUUUUUCCUUUCACAAUUUUUAGUAAGAUUACGAAAAAUUUGAACAAUUGUGAAAAAAGAACCUUAUAGUACUAGAAAUUUAAUUAUUACAUGUAACACUGUUUGUUCCCUGAUAAAAAUAGUGGAUGAUUUAAAAUUUAUAUUAAAAUCAACUGUUUUUAA